AUGAAUCCUUACGUACUCACUAUCCUUCUGUCUAGUCUCGGACUGGGAACCACCCUGACCUUCGCCAGCUCCCACUGGGUCCUUGCCUGAAUGGGCUUAGAGAUUAAUACGCUAGCAAUUUUACCACUUAUAGCCCAACACCACCACCCCCGAGCAGUUGAGGCAACCACCAAAUAUUUCCUAACCCAGGCCACUGCAGCCGCUGUAAUUUUGUUUGCAAGUACAACAAAUGCUUGACUUAUCGGGGAAUGGGACAUUAACAACUUGUCUCAUCCCCUCGCUACCACCAUAGCUAUUGCUGCCCUGGCACUUAAAAUUGGGCUUGCCCCAGUACACUUUUGAUUACCAGAAGUUUUACAAGGACUUGACCUUCUUACAGGACUUAUUCUCUCAACCUGACAAAAGCUUGCACCAUUUGCACUAAUUGUACAGCUAGCCCCAACCAUUGAUCCCAUGCUUCUCACAAUAUUAGGCUUAGCAUCAACGCUUAUUGGUGGCUGGGGCGGUCUAAAUCAGACUCAACUCCGGAAGAUUUUAGCCUACUCCUCUAUUGCUCAUAUGGGCUGAAUAAUUAUUGUUUCGCAAUAUGCCCCCCAGCUAACCCUCCUUGCCCUAGGAACAUAUGUUUUCAUGACAUCAGCAGCAUUCCUUGCACUGAAACUCUCAUCAGCCACCAAAAUUAGUACCCUAACAAUAGCCUGAUCAAAAAACCCCAUCAUGGUUAUUACCACUGCCUUAGUCUUACUAUCUCUUGGAGGACUGCCCCCCCUAACAGGAUUCAUACCUAAAUGACUCAUCCUACAAGAGCUGGCCAAGCAAGGACUGCCCCUUACGGCCACCAUAAUAGCCCUUGCUGCCCUGCUGAGCCUGUACUUCUACCUACGCCUGUGUUAUGCAAUAACCCUGACAAUGCACCCCAACACAGUCAAUUCUAUAGCCCCAUGACGAACCCGCUCCACCCAGCUAACUAUGCCACUGGCCCUUACUACAACCAUCGCACUUGGACUUCUCCCCCUCACUCCAGGCAUUCUACUAAUAGUGAGCUAG